GCGUGCAGAAGCGUUCGGGUGUCCGGUACGCAACCAUCGAAAAGAUGGCGAAAACAGCAUCAUCAACGACGUCGGCGGUGGUGACGGUAGUGGUGGCGUUGGCGGUCGCGUGUCGUUUCGCGUUAGCGGCCGGCCAAGAUUCGGACGACGCGGCGGCAGCGAUGGUGUUCUCCGAAGACGCGUCCAUGAUGGGGGCGGACGAGCUGACCGCCCGGCCGCCGCCGCCGCCGUCCCCGGACAUGUCGGCGUACGCGUCGCCGGCCGGCCGCGCGUCGGUGGCCAAGCCGGGGGCCACCAACAUACAGAAGGUGUACAGGACGGCCAAGGCGGUGGACGCGAUGUCGGCCAUGGUGAUGAUGGUGGCCGCGGCCACCGGCUCGGGCACGGCGACGGCGGAACCGCGGGUCAACGAGACGUACGGCGGACCCGACACUUCCGACCUGGAGUGGCUGUCGAACGUGUACAACCCGCACCGGUGGAACCCCGCCCAACUUCCGGCCGCGUCUAAGCUGUCGGUCCGGUGCCGGGACGUCAUGAAGACUUACCUGGAAGCGCUGCGCCGCGGGUCGUUUUGGGCGGCUAAAAUGGCCGACGCCAGUGGACGUUAUUCGUCACAGCUGUUUUUCGGUAAUGAUUUUUGGUUGGGAUCUCAUACCCUGUGCAAAGAAUUACAGAACAAAGCGACCAAUCAAUAUGUGCCGCCGUUCGAAGCUAAAUUCUAUGUGGCGAAAUUGGCGAUAAAAUUACAUGAUCAGUUGACCCCCAGAACUAGAUUGAUUUCACUUGGUCUGUGCAUGCCGAAAGAUUGCAGUUCUACAGAUGUGCAAAAUAUGGUUAAUGUUCCCAAAGAAGAUAGUGAAUCUAAUUAUCGCAGUUAUAGUGUGCUCAACGUUAGAGUUGUUCCAGGUACAUACUCGUUGUGGUCGGACAGUAAAUUCCAAAUAUUAUUGAUUGUUGUUGGGCUAGUAUCUCUACUGACAGUGAUAGGAUCAGGAUAUGAAAUGAUAUUAGAGCGUCGAAAAGCUAGAGAAUUCAAAAAAAGGCAUAUUGCUCAAGGUAACAAUAAUGAAAGUGAUUCAAAAGUAGAAUUUACAUUGGAUAAAAUGCAUGCUAUUGAAAAGAUGCAUAAUAUGAAAGGUUGUGGAAAUGACGACGGAACCUUAGAAGAUCAAGACAUGUUAUUUAAAGUCAGUCGCAACGAACAAAUUCUAUUGGCUUUUUCGGCUGUAAGCAAUGGCCGAAAAAUUUUACAUUGUGGACCGGCGCCAUCUGAAUCGUUAACUUGUGUACACGGACUUCGAUUUUUAAGUUUGGCUUGGGUUAUAAUGGUACACACGUAUUUACAAGUGUUUUCAAUCGCAGAAAACAAGACGUUACGGACAUUGACCGAGAGGAACUUUAUGUUCCAAACAGUGAGCAAUGCAACAUUUUCAGUAGAUACUUUCUUUUUUAUCAGUGGUCUAUUGGUUACUUAUUUGUAUUAUAAGACGACCAGCAAAAAAGACGGACCAGAAGUAGCUGUAUCUCGAACUCCGAAAUGUAGUUCUUCUAUUCUGAAAAACGAUACAAUUAAAUUUUUCAAACUACUGGGAUAUAGAUUUAUCAGAUUGACGCCAGCGUACAUGGUUGUCCUUUUGAUGGCGGAGGUGUCUAGCCGGUGGCUUCGAAACAUUUCCGUCUUUGAACCAGAGAACAACAACCACAUAAGUUGCGCCAAUUAUUGGUGGAGAAAUAUGCUAUACAUAAACAGCUUGUAUCCCAGAAGCGAAAUGUGCAUGUUAUGGAGUUGGUAUAUGUCCAACGAUACGCAGUUCUACGUUUUAGCAGUCAUACUACUUCUCGUUUCUGCCAGACAUUUCAAAGGAGCAGUUAUUGGAUUGGUGGCGUUCUUAAUCGGAUCAUGGGUCGUCACAAUAUUCAUUGCAGUACAUUACAAUUUUAGAGCAAGGAUAGAGGAACCGUUUGGAUUAUUUGAUCAACUUUAUGAUAAACCAUGGUCAAGACUUGGGCCUUAUUUGUUCGGCAUGUUCGCUGGGUGGUUUUUGUUUGUUACUAAAUGCAAAUUGAAAAUGUCCUUCCUGACGGUCGCUGUAGGCUGGUCCCUGUCGCUGUUCAGCUUGGCGUACCUCGUGUACGGACUUCACGUGGUGCACUUGGAUCUGGCCGGUUCCGCCCUAUAUGCAUCCGUCGGCCAUUCGGCCUGGGGUGCUGCACUCGCAUGGAUCGUCAUCGCCUGCUGCACCGGUCACGGGGGUUGUGUCAACUCGGCGCUAUCGUGUCGCCUUCUACAACCCCUUAGCCGGUUGACGUACUGCGCCUAUCUGGUCCACCCCAUCAUCAUGACCAUGACCAACUUCCAAAUGGACGGCCCGCUGCACCUGCACAAUCUGAUCACGAUGAUAUUGUACUUUGGCAACGCAGUAGCGUCUUUCUUGCUAUCCUUCUUUAUUUCUCUCACAUUUGAAGCACCCGUGGUGAACCUGCUCAAAAUUAUGUUAACACCGCCACAGGCUAAGAAAACCUCAUUGGAAAAAAACAGUUCCGAACUACAAGACUCGUAACACUGAAAACUGUUAUAAAAACAGUAUAAAUAAUUUGUCGAUAAAGAUGUUUAAGUAUAGUUUAUAUUAAAUUAUUUUCUAAUAUUAAUAAUGGUAUUAUAAUGUAAAUUAUAUAUAUUUUCCAAGAAAAU